AUGGCCCAGGCCACCGAGGAACGAUCCGAGUCGGCGCGUUUGUCGUCCUUUGUCGGCGCUCUGGCGAUUGGAGACGUUGUAAAGACGACUCUGGGUCCAAAGGGAAUGAACAAAAUCCUCCAGUCGGCGUCGACUGGCGAGAUCCAAAUCACAAAUGACGGCGCGACUAUUCUCAAGAGUAUCCAGCUCGAUAAUCCUGCUGCAAAAGUGCUUGUAAACAUAUCAAAAGUUCAAGAUGACGAGGUCGGCGAUGGAACAACCUCUGUCUGCGUCCUUGCGAGUGAGCUUCUCCGUGAAGCAGAGCGUCUUGUUGGCGAAGGAUUCCGUCUUGCGAGUCGAGAAGCCCUACGGGCCCUUGAGUUGGCCGCUGUUGACAAUAGCGGCGACAAGGAUGCAUUUCGAAGAGAUCUUGUCAACAUCGCCAGAACGACGCUUUCUUCAAAAGUCCUCAGUCAGGACAAGGACUAUUUCGCAAAUCUUGCCGUCGAUGCCGUUUUGCGACUCCAGGGCUCUACAGACCUUGACCACAUCCAAAUCAUCAAAAAGGUUGGCGGGAAAUUAACAGAUUCCUAUCUCGACGAAGGUUUCAUUUUGGAUAAGACUCUGCCCGCGAAUGGCCCCAGACGGAUGGAAAAGGCAAAAAUUAUGAUUGCGAAUACCUCCAUGGAUACCGACAAGAUCAAGGUAUUCGGUGCUCGUGUCAAAGUCGAUGGAACAGGCAAACUGGCUGAGCUCGAACGAGCUGAAAAGGACAAGAUGAAGGCCAAGGUUGCAGCUAUUGCUGCCCAUGGUAUCAAUGUCUUUGUUAAUCGACAAUUGGUCUACAAUUAUCCCGAAUCCCUGUUCGCCGAAGCCGGGAUAAUGUGUAUCGAACACGCAGACUUCGAGGGCGUCGAGAGGCUAUCCCUCGUGACGGGUGGAGAAAUCGCCAGCACCUUUGACCGACCUGAUCUGGUCAAGCUCGGUACUUGCGAGCUCAUUGAGGAGAUUAUGAUAGGAGAAGACAAGCUCAUCAAAUUCUCGGGAGUGUCUGCCGGUCAGGCUUGUACUGUUGUACUACGUGGAAGCACCACUCAGAUGGUUGACGAAGCGGAGAGAUCACUUCACGAUGCACUCUCGGUCCUCUCGCAGACUGUACAAGAAACACGAACCGUCCUAGGUGGAGGGUGUUCAGAGAUGCUGAUGGCCUGUGCGGUGGACAACCUCGCAAAGACUGUAGAGGGUAAAAAGUCGCUCGCAGUCGAGGCAUUUGCGCGCGCUUUGCGGAUGAUACCGACCAUCCUCGCGGACAAUGCCGGCUGGGACAGUAGCGAGCUCGUCGCUCGACUACGCAAACGGCACUUUGAGGGCAUUGACGAAAAGGAUAGUGCUGGAUCGCGGAUGGGCCUUGACAUGGAGCUUGGUGAUAUUGGGGAUAUGCGCGAGCUAGGGGUUACAGAAAGCUACAAGCUCAAGCGACAAGUCGUUAUAAGCGCCUCGGAGGCGGCAGAAAUGAUUCUACGUGUCGACACUAUCCUCCGUGCCACCCCGCGUAAGCGUGAAGGUGUCUAG